AUGGUCACCAAGCGAAGCAGCAAGGAGCAACAGUUACAGGAUUAUAGUAGAGUGGCCCAUUUGUUGACCACUGCUCGGCCCCCAGAGACAGCGCUUGGCCUCCACUUAUCCCAGAUGUCAGACUUGCCCUUGUCUGUGUUGUCCACAGAGACAUGGAGGGAUAUUUCCUGUGUGAACCCACACCCAGACCCGCGGUAUCGUCGGUUCCAGCGCUCCAACAGUGUGACAGCAGCGGUGCAGGCAGACCUGGACCUGCCGGACCUGCUGGACACCCCCCUGGAUUCCCCGGACACCGACAUGGAGGUCCUGUCCUCGGGGGCCCUCUCUCGACAGUACUCCCGCGAUGCUGCCACCUCCACGGUCAGUAUCCAGGGCUCAGGGAACCACUACCACGCCUGCACCUCCGACGACUAUGACGAUGUGGGCUUCGACCCCUCCAUCCUCCCCCCCCCGGACCCCUGGAUAGACAGUGUGGCCGAUGACUCACUGGAUGUCAACUUCAACAGCUCUGCUAUUCUGGAGGUAUGUGGGAGCAUGCUCCGUCAUUUUAUAAGAACAGGGCUGGGACUUCUCCCCGUGACCUUCAGGCAGAAGCUGGGGAACGUGCAGGUGGAGGAGGGUCAGAGCGUGUCUCUGAGCUGUGAGCUCUCUAAGGCGGGGGUCUCGGUGCAGUGGAGGCUGGCUGGAGAUCUGCUGCAGAGCGGGGAGAAGUUCCAGAUGAAGCAGCGCGAGGCCUGCGUGGAGCUGACCAUCAGAGAGGCCGAGCCCGAGGACAGCGGCGUCUACAGCUGCGUGUGCAGAGAGCAGAAGACCAAGGCCACCGUCAAGGUCAUCGCGGUUCCCGCCACAUUCAGAGUGAGUCUGAAGGGUGUGGAGGCGGAGGAGGGCAGCAGUGUGACUCUUCGCUGCGAGCUGUCCAAGAAAGGCGCCCCGGUGCAGUGGCAGAGAGACGCUGAGCUGCUGUCAGAGCUCACAGGUCGAGGGAAGUUUCAGAUGAACCAUGAGGGGAAGGUGGCUCAGCUGACUGUCCUCCACGUGCAGCCAGAGGACGCAGGGAGGUACAGCUGCUCCACAGGAGAGGAGAAGACCUGCGCCGAGCUCAGAGUCAAACCUCUUGCGGUGACGUUCAAGCGAGAGCUCGUGCUCCUGGAGGUGAAGGAGGGGGACGGAGGGGUCUUCUGCUGCGAGAUCUCCAAACCCGGAGCUCCUGUGGAGUGGAAGAAAGGCCGAACACCUCUCAAACCUGGAGACAAAUACGAGAUGAAGCAGGAGGGACCUUUCACUAAACUCAUCAUCAACAACGUGGAGGAGAGCGAUGCUGGGAAAUACACCUGCAAGACCAAAGACAGCCAAUCCACCGCUGAGCUCUCCGUCAGAGGUUCACCACCGAGCUUUAAGAUGCCGCUGGUGAGUCAGGAGGAGACGGAGGGGAACUCUGUGGUUCUUCGCUGUGAACUCAACAAACCCGCCUCCUGUGUGGAGUGGAGGAGAGGAGGGGAGCUGCUGAGGAACGGAGACAAAUACCAGAUGAAGAAGAAGGAGCUGCAGGUGGAGAUGAAGAUCUGUGACAUCACUCAGGACGACGCUGGAGAUUAUAUCUGUUCGUGUGGAGAACAGAGCACCACAGCUAGGAUCUCUGUGAAGGGUGAGCACUGCUAA